GCUGGUUUCAGAUUGCAGUGCUGGUGGGAGGCGGUGAUGCGCGUGAACUCGUUUAAAAGUGUUGCGGGACACGGACAGAAUCAGCGCUGCUUCCAGCACACUUCACAGGAACAACACUGUUACUUCACAAGACCAACGUUUUCUGAGGUGAAAGUUUAGCCAUGGUGUUCUCUACUGCAUUGUGCAUCUUCAGUCUCUUGGCUUUGGUUCAGGCCCAGUCUGAAUCCCAGCAACCCAAGAUUCAACUCCGCCUAGCCGGUGACAAACACAAGCAUUACGAGGGUCGUCUGGAGGUCUUCUACAAUAAUGAAUGGGGGACUGUUUGUGAUGAUGACUUCUCAAUCGAAGCCGCUCAUGUUGCAUGUAGGGAGCUUGGCUUUCUUGGCGCUGUGGCUUGGUCCCCAUCUGCAAAGUUUGGACAAGGAGAAGGACGCAUUUGGCUGGACAACGUCCAUUGCACAGGAGGAGAGAAAUCUUUAGCCGAAUGCCCCUCAAAUGGCUUUGGGGUGUCAGACUGCAAACACAGUGAGGAUGUUGGGGUGGUUUGCAAUCAGAAACGCAUCCCUGGACACAGGUUCAUCAAUACCAUGAACAACAAUGUUGAGACUCUUGAAGAACGGGUGGAAGAAAUCCGUGUAAGACCCAUUUCAUCCCAUCUCAAGCGCAUACCCAUCACGGAAGGCUUCGUGGAGAUCAAGGACCAGGGCAAAUGGAGGCAGAUCUGCGAUGAGCAGUGGACCCCCCUGAACAGCCGAGUUGUCUGUGGAAUGUACGGAUUCCCCGGAGAGAAGAAGUACAACAACAAAGUGUACAAAUCACUGUCCAUGCGUAAGAAAAAGAACUACUGGGGUUUCUCAGUGAACUGCACAGGAAAUGAAGCCCACCUGUCUAGCUGUAGGCUGGGCAAAGCCCUGGAGCCCAAGCGGAACGUCGAAUGUGGACGUGGCCUGCCUGUGGUGGUCAGCUGUGUGCCUGGAAGAGCUUUUGCCCCCUCAUCCUCCACUGGCUUCCGCAAGGCUUACAGACCAGAGCAACCCUUGGUUCGUCUUCGGGGAGGUGCGAAUAUUGGUGAAGGAAGAGUGGAGGUGCUGAAGAAUGGAGUUUGGGGAACGAUCUGCGAUGAUAACUGGAACUUGAGGGCUGCCACCGUCGUGUGUCGAGAGUUGGGCUUUGGAAGCGCCAAAGAGGCUCUCACUGGAGCGAAGUUAGGACAAGGAAUGGGUCCGGUCCACAUGAAUGAGGUGGAGUGUUCUGGAUUUGAGAAGUCUCUCACUGACUGUUACUUUAAUAAUGAUGCUCUGGGCUGCAGUCAUGAGGAGGACGCUGCUGUACGCUGUAAUAUACCUGCCAUGGGUUUCCAGAAGAGGAUACGUCUAAGCGGAGGAAGAAACCCAUACGAGGGACGUGUGGAGGUUCUGACUGAGAAGAAUGGUUCUCUGGUUUGGGGAACCGUUUGUAGUGAAAACUGGGGGAUGAUCGAGGCCAUGGUGGUCUGCAGACAGCUGGGAUUAGGCUUCGCCAGCCAAGCGUUUCAGGAGACGUGGUACUGGGCUGGAGAUGCAAGUGCAGAUAAUGUUGUGAUGAGCGGGGUCAGAUGCUCAGGAACUGAGAUGAGUCUUCCUCAGUGUCUCCAUCACGGCAAACACAUCAACUGCCCCAGAGGAGGAGCGCGCUUCGCUGCUGGGGUCUCCUGCUCUGAUAUGGCUCCUGACCUGGUGCUGAACGCUCAGCUGGUGGAGCAGACCACCUAUCUAGAGGACCGGCCCAUGUAUGCUCUCCAGUGUGCCCUAGAGGAGAACUGCCUGUCCAGCACUGCCAAAAAGAACGACCACAGCUCCUACCGCCGCCUGCUCCGCUUCUCCUCCCAGAUCCACAAUGUUGGCCAAUCAGAUUUCAGACCCAAAUUGGGUUACCAAGCCUGGACCUGGCACGAGUGUCACAGGCAUUAUCACAGCAUAGAGGUCUUCACCCAUUAUGAUCUGCUGAGUCUGAACGGCAGCAAGGUGGCAGAGGGUCACAAGGCCAGCUUCUGUCUAGAGGACACUCAGUGUGAUGAGGGGAUCCAGAAGCGGUAUGCUUGUGCCAACUUUGGUGAACAGGGCAUCACCGUUGGCUGCUGGGACACCUACAGACAUGACAUUGACUGUCAGUGGAUUGAUAUCACAGAUGUCAAACCAGGAGACUAUAUUCUCCAGGUCGUAAUUAAUCCUAACUAUGACGUAGCUGAAUCAGAUUAUACCAACAAUUUCAUGAAGUGCAAGUGCCGCUAUGAUGGAUACAGGAUAUGGACGUACCACUGUCAAACAGGUGGCUCGCGGAGUUCAGACAUGGACGAAUACCCUGGAAUGAGCAACCAGUUGCAGUUCAGAUAGGAGCGGAUGAGGGAGGACAAAGGCUCUCAGUGGAGGACACUGCUUGCAUAUUUAAAUAUGAUUGACCACUAGAGAGACUCCAGCCCUUCGAAGGCAGAGACCGCUGCUCUUUUAGGUUGAAGUACAUCAUGUUCUCUCAAGGUCCCUGCUAUAUCAAGCUUGCUUUGAAUAGUAACUAUUUAAAUUCCUAAAAUAAUGUACUGUACUUUGCAUUUUUGGUGCUUGAAAUGCUUGUAGUGGUUACAAACCCAUUCUGUAACAGUCAUAAUGGGAUUCUGCCUGCAUUGCAACUUAAUCACAAAGCCUGCAGUUUCAUGAACUCAGCCCUGUUUCUGGAUGUUAAACUCUUUUGUGGUUUAUUCGUCAAGCAUGUCAAGUAAUUUAUUAUGUUCAGUCAGGGAUUACAUUUUGUCAACUUUUGUGAAUGCAAUGUGAAACUGUAACAAUUUUUGUGUGUGUGUGUAUGUGUGUGCCAAUUUGGGAAGCAUCCACCCUCCGUUUUAUGAGGGUACUUAUGACCAGUUCAAUGGUUUUCAGAUAUGCAAUGUGUUAAUGACUGAACAACACAUUUGGUCAAACUAUUGCAUUGUUUUCUAUAAUAAAAGCAAUUCAUGUGUGUUA